GUGGUGGGAGAGUUUCUCGCCUCUCACCUUUUCGCCUUUCUCCCUCGACCCGCUGCAGUGAGGGAGGUGAGAUCUCACUCUCCGUCUCACAGGGACCCUCAGCUCUUCCUCAGUCCUCCGUCUCAAACAGCAUGCGUGCCGCAGACAAGGCUGAGGGGGGUGUGAUAUACCCCCCGGUGUUCGUGGUGGAUGGUCAGGCGGGGUACCCUCUGCCCCCCAGACCUCCCCCCCGCCGGCGUAGCACUGUCCAGUGGCUGCUCUUCCUGCUGGUGUCCCUGGCACUGUGUGGCAUGGCUGUGGAGGCCUGCUUCAUCUACCACCUCUACAGCAGCAGGAACAUCCCGGGUGGCAGUGGCACACCACAAAGGAGUUUCCAGGACAGAAAUGAAGAAACAACAGCCCCACCCACCAGGAGAACCAUCACUGCGGUGAAGCCAUCCAAACCUGCAGCACACCUGACAGCUGGACCCCUCCAUCCUCGUUCGGACGGAGUCCUGCAGUGGACCCAGGAUGGCUAUUCCUUCACCCACCAGAUGCAGUACAGGGAGGGAGCGCUGGUGGUGGAGGAGGAAGGGUACUACUUCAUCUACUCCAAAGUGUUCUUCACAGAGCCAGAGUGCACCUCCUUUACCCACGCGGUCCUGUGGAGCACACCCCGCUACCUAGGGGGCGACACAGAGCUGAUGCAGUCCAGGAGGUUUCACUGCAGGAGCCAAUGGAGGAGCAGGAACCUGCUGAACAGCUACCUGGGAGGAGUCUACCACCUGAGCAAGGGUGACUCCAUCUAUGUGAAGGCUCAGAACCACACCCAAAUCAUCCGCCAUUCCUCCUCUGACAACUUCUUUGGAGCGUACAUGAUCUAG